AUGAAUUCAAUUCAUAAACAACAUUAUACAAUAAAUAGUAAUCAUUAUAAUGAAAGUAUAAAUAUAAAUUCAUUAUUAUUAAAUGAUUUAAAUGAUGAAAAAAGGACAACAUCAACCAAUAAUAAAAGUAAUAAUAAUAGCAAUAAUAAUAAUAAUGAAACAUUAGAAGAUAUAAUUGAAUUUAAUAAUAAUAAUUGUAAUGGUGAUAUGAAAUAUUUAGAUUUAUCAAAGAGAAUGAUUUAUUCAUUAGAAUUAAUGAUGAUACCAGAGAUAGAGAAUAGAUUUCAAGGUGAUUUUAAAUCAAUAUCGAUAUUGAAUUUAAAUGAUAAUUUAUUAGGAGAGAUACCAGAAUCAUUGAAACAAUUGACACAAUUAAUAUCAUUAUCGAUCCGAGGCAAUCAUAUAUUGGAGAUACCGUUAUGGUUUCCAGAGGAAUUUAAAUUACUUAGAAAAUUGGAUGUAUCACAUAAUGCAAUCUCGUCGGUGCCAAAUACAUUUAAUAAAUUCUCAAUAUUGGAGGAUUUAAAUCUAUCAAAUAAUUAUAUCUCCUAUAUUCAUCCAUCGCUAUUUCCAGAGGGUAUAAUGAGAUUGAAUCUAUCGAAUAAUCUUUUUAGAGAGGUUGAGCUACCACCAUGGUUCGAGUCAUUGUUGACAUUGGAUAUUAGUGGUAAUAAAUUGAAACAUUUGGGUAAUUUACCAUUUCAUUUGGUUAGAGUAUCAAUAGAUGAUAAUCAUUUGGAAUCGAUUGAUCAUAAGGUGAUCCUACGUAAUAAGGAUUUAGCAUUGAAAUUUAAUCAAUCAUUUAGUGAUAUCGUUUUGGAAAGAAUUUAUCAAUGUUGGUAUACUGGUGAUCCAGUAUUGGAUUUAUCAGGAUUAGGUAUGUGUGUUGUACCACCGAUCCUAGGUAUGUUGGUACAUUUAACUCAUUUGGAUCUAUCGGGUAAUUGUAUUUCAGUGUUACCACCGGAAUUGGCAAAUUUAACAGAAUUGGUUAGAUUAGAUUUAAGUUUUAAUAUUUUAACAACAUUACCACUAUACAUUGUAUCCUAUAAGAGAUUGGAACAUUUGGAUCUACAAGGUACCCUUGAUACAUUGGUAUCACCACCACGUCGUAUAGCGGAAACUGGUAAAUUAAUUGAUAUUCAACGUUAUUUUCAUGAUUUAUUUCAGGGUGAACCAUCUUAUCGUGUUAAACUUAUGAUUGUCGGUCAAGAGAAUGUUGGUAAAACAAGUUUAGUUAAAUGUUUAAAAAUGAAAAAGAAAUUCUCUAAAAAUUCUGAUCAUUUAGGUACAAAUGUUUCAACCGAUGGUAUUGAUAUCGAUGAAAUUAAAUUUAAUUUAGAUAUUGAAUUACCUUCAAAUCCAAGUUCAAAUUCUUUAAUUUCAAAUUCAUUAUCAAAUAGUUCAAUCUCUUCUAAUAAUAUUAAUUCAAAUAAUAAUAUAAAUGUUCAUUCAAAUGGAGGAGGUAUUAAUUCAAAUGGUGUAAAUUCAAAUAGUCAAAUAAAUAUAAAUAGUAGUAGUGGUAAUAUUCAUUCAAAUGGUGGUGGUGUUGGUAAUGUUAACUCAUCAGGUGGUAUACAUAGUAAUAAUUCAUCAGGUGGUGGUGGUGGUUCAAAUAGUUUUUUAAAUAAUACAAAUUCAAAUGGUACAAAUAAUAAUAGUAGUAAUUUAAAUAUAAAUACAAAUAGUAAUAAUGUAAAUUCAAGCGGCGGCGGCAAUAAUUAUCAUCCACCAGUUGGUACAAAUACUUCAAUGAGUAAUAUUCAAGUUAUUGGAAGUUCAGGUAGUAAUUUAGGUUCAGGUAGUAAUUUAAGUAUAGGUGGUAGUAAUGGUAAUAAUAAUAAUAAUAGUGGUGGUAGUGGUACAAUGGUAAAUCAAAGAGUUACAAUGUCAAUUUGGGAUUGUGCAGGUCAAGAACUUUAUUAUACAAGUCAUCAAAUGUUUUUAACAGAUUCAGCAUUGUAUGUUGUAGUUUGGAAUCUUUGUAAACCAGAAGUUAAUAGUCGUGUUGAAUUUUGGUUACAUUCAAUUCGUUCAAAAGCAGAGAAUGCACCAAUACUUUUAAUUGGUACUCAUUUAGAUGAUUAUUUAGCAACUCAUUCCGAAUCAGAGUUGGAUGAAAUUUUAGAGAAUAUCUAUAGUAAAUAUUUUAGAAAGUUUAGAUUAAAGGGUAUUUCAAUUCUAAGUUGUUCAACUGGUGUUGGAUUCGAUAAUUUCUUGGACCUUUUGAAAAAGACCGUGGUGGAAUUACCAUCAUUAAAACAAUCUCUGCCAGAACUUUAUUUAAAACUUGAGAAAUUAAUCAUUAAAAAACGUUCAACAUUGGUACCACCAGUUUUAACUUGGCAAAGUUUCUCACAAAUGGUACUUUCAAAUUUGGAUUUUCAUGAUGAAAUUCAUGUUAAAGUUGCUACUAAAGCAUUGGUACCAUUGGGUUCAAUUUCUUUCUUUGAUGAACCAGGUCUCGAUCAAUAUGUAUUUUUAGAUCCACAAUGGUUAACAGGUGUUUUCUCUUCAAUCAUUACAACAAAACAUAAAUUCAUUAAAGAUGGUGUUUUAAAAAAAAGUGACCUUUAUCAAAUUUGGAAACCACCUCAUUUCAUUGAAGAUGAAGGUUUACAUUCACUUUUAAUUAAUUUAUUAGAAAGAUUUGAAUUAAUGUUUCCAUUAGAUAGUGAUUUAGUUUCAUUAUCUUCAAGUAAUGGUAAUAAUGGUAAUAGUUAUGUAAAUAAUAAUAAUAAUAAUAAUAAUAAUUCAAAUAAUAAUAAUAAUGGUAGUAAUAAAUCUUCACCAUUUAAAACAACACCAUCGUCACCAUCAACUUUAAGAUUAGUUGAUUCAAAAUCAAAAGGUAGUCAUAGUUCAAAUCCAAUUUUAAGUGGUAAUAAUAGUUCAUCAAAAAAUUCAACAUCAACUAAAAGAUCAAUUAGUGGUUCACCAUUACGUUCAAGAUCAAAUUCUGAUCUUGAUUUAAUUGGUGGUGGUGGUGGUUCACCAAUUAAUGGUAGUAGUAUUGAUUAUAGUUCAAAAUCAAAUACAUUAACACCAGGAUUAUUUAAUGAAUUAAAUCAAAAAUUUAUAAUUCCAUCACAAUUACCAGAGAUAAGACCAUCAUUUGGUUUACUUUGGCCAUCACUUGAUCAUUCGCGUGUUGAAUUUAAUCGUUGGAUUCAAUUAUCAUUUGCACCAGCUGGUUUAUUUAGUAGAUUAUUAAUUCGUUUAUUAAUUAGUAAAGAAUUUGAUAUGAAACCAAUUCUUUAUUGGAGAAAUGGUGUAGUUGUUGAAUCACAAUCUGGUAAAUCAUUCCUUUCAACCUCUACUGCUUUAAUUGAAAUGGUACCAAGUUAUGCAAAUUGUAGUUCAACUAUUAAAAUUAGUGUUAGAGGUGAUCGUCGUACUGGUAGAGGUUUAUCAGCAAAACUUUUAAGAUUAAUCGUUGAAAUUGCUGAUACACUUUGUACAAGUUGGUAUCAUUUAGAAACAAAUCAAGUUAUACCAUGUCCACAUUGUAUUAAUAAACCAAAUUGUACAUUAUUUUCAUUGAGUGAUUGUGAAGCAGUUGCAAGUAGUGGUGUUUGGUAUUUACUUUGUGGUGAUAGAAAAAUUAAUUUCGAAACUUUUGUACCAGAUGUUGCAAUGUCUGAUUUUUGGGGUAGUGGUAGUAAGAAAUUCAAUUAUGAUCAAAUUAAAAUGCAUAAAGAAAAAAGAAUUCUAUCAAUUAAACCUGCAUCAUUUGGUAAUAAUCAAAUUCAAUUUGAAGUUAGAGUUCCACCAUCACCACCACCACCACCAGUACAACAAAUUAUUAAUAAUGGUGCUGAUGAUAAUAUAACAACAACUACAUUGGCAGUUAAUAAUAUUAAAGUUUUAGAAAGUGGUGGAUCACAACCACCAUCACCAAGAAGUGGUAAAGAUGUUACACAUGAAUUACCAAUUAUUAAUCGUUUAGAAAUUAUUCAACCAACAAGUGAUGAAUCAUCAUUAAUUCAAGUUGAAUUUGAUCAUAAUAAUCAAACUUUAGUUAUAAGUGGUACUUAUAAAUAUGGUGAUUUAUUAGAGAUUGAAUUUGAAUCACCAAAAUUAAUUGGUAGAGGUGCAUCUGGUAAAAUUUAUCGUGCAAAUUUAAAUGAUACAAUGGUUGCAGUUAAACAAUUAGAAGUGGUUGGAGAGGAUGCACCAAGAAUUUUCUCAGAGUUUAGAAGAGAAAUUCAUGUUAUGUCUGAUCUUAAACAUUCAAACGUUGUAAAUUUAUUAGGUUUUACAUUAUCACCAUUUACAAUGGUAAUGGAAUAUAUCGAUUGUGGUGAUCUUCAUAAAUUUUUACAUUCACCUAUUGGUGAUCAACUUAAUGGUAAUUGGGCUUUAAUUUUGAAAUUGGCUUUAGAUAUUGCAAAAGGUAUGGAAUUUCUUCAUUCAGUUACACCACCAUUACUUCAUCGUGAUUUAAAGAGUCCAAAUGUUUUACUCUCAAUGAAAGAUGGUGUUUACACUGCAAAAGUUGGUGAUUUUGGUUUAUCAUCAAGAAUGUUUAUUCAAGCUUUGAAACAUAAAUUACGUAAUUUCCCAGUUGGUAAUAUUACUUGGGUUGCACCAGAAAUUUUAAGAGAAGAAGAAUAUACUGUUAAAUCCGAUGUUUAUGCAUUUGGUUUAAUUUUACAUGAACUUUUAACAAGAAAACAUCCAUAUAGAGAAUUUAAUUAUUCAAUGGUAUCUCUUCAAGAGGAUGCAAUAAAGAAUGGACUUCGUCCAACUAUUUCACCAUCUUAUACUCAAACUGUUACAGGUCAUGAAUAUUGUGGUUUAAUUCAAGAUUGUUGGGAUAGUGAUAUUGAUAGAAGACCAACUUUUAAUAAAAUUGUUAAAAGAAUUAAACAAAUUAUUGGUCGUGAUGUUAAUAAUAUUUUAAUGGUAAAUGGUGUUUCAGUUGUUAGUGGUAUUCAAUCACCAAAUUCAUUAGCUGAUAGUCAACCAUUCCAUUAUCAUCAACAACAACAACCAAGUUUAAAUUCUACAAAUCAAUUACAACAACAACAAUAUUCAUCAGUUUUAACAUCACCAAGAUCAAAUUUAUCAGAUUCAUCAAAUUCAUCACAAAAUAUUGCAAAUAAAAGUUUAAAUAAUAUUAGUGCAACAAGUUUAGGUGAUUUAGGUGGUAAUGAUGAAAAUUUAGGUGGUCAAUUACAAUAUAGUAUGCGUGUACCACAACCAGAAGCAAAAGUUAAUCAAUUAGUAUGGGAAGUCAAUUCACGUCGUGUUUGGGGUGGUUGUGAAUCUGGUGAAAUUAUAGUUUGGAAUGCAGAGAAUGGUAAUCAAAUUUUCCGUGAACAAAAAUUACAUCCAGGUCCAAUUAGAUCAUUGGCAUUGGUAAAUCAAGAAGAUAUUUGGUCAGCAGGUGGUAUUGGUCCACAACAAAGUACAAUUAGAAUUUGGAAUGCUUGGCGUUUUAAUCUUGAUGAUCAAUCUGGUACAAAAUCUGAUUUUAUCACUAAAAAAGGUAGAGGUGGUUCAACAUUUGGUAGAAAAUCUUGGAGAUUACGUUGGUUUGUCCUAUCAAGAUUUGAUAAAACCUUGAAAUACUAUAGUAAACAAACUGAUAAAGAACCAAGUUGUUCACUCAUUUUAGAGGGUGCUUGGUUAGAAGAAAUUAGUCCACCAGGUUAUAAAGUUAGUCUUCAUUUAAUUCAUCCAGAAAAAAGAACAAUGGAAAUGGAAUUUAAGAGUGAAUCUGAAAAAUCAUCUUGGCUAACUGCAAUCAAUCGUGUUAUCAAUCAAAAUAUACCACUCUAUGAAAUUGCACUUGGUAAACAAAUGACAAGUGGUAGUGAAAAUGAUUAUAUCACAAAUUUACUAUCGGUUGGUCCAAAUGUUUGGGUAUCACUUAAAGAAACACCAUCAAUUUUGGUUUAUAAUGUAAAGAGUAAAGAAUUGGUUACAAAAAUCUCUUUAAAUGAUGAUCAAUCCAGUGAUCAAUGGGGUAAAACUGGUGCUGUAAAUAUGAUGUUGGUUAAUAAUUUCGUUUGGAUAACUGGUGGUUCAAAAUUGACUCAAAUUGAUUCACAAUCUUAUCAACUCUUGGAAGUACAUGGAAAUCAUUAUUCAAAACCAAUCACCUCAAUGGCAUUGGUUGAAAAAAAUGUUUGGAUCUCUUGUGAAGAUGAAUCACUUUCAGUUUGGGAUGGUGAUACUGGUUCCUUUAUUAGAAAAGUUGGUUCUCCAAUUGGUUCACCAACUAAGCCAACCGUUUACACUAAACUUUUAUAUUUCAGUGGUUAUGUUUGGGCUUGUACUCAAGGUUCAAUUCAUAUUUAUUGUAUUCAUUCAUUAACUUGUAAAAAGAAAGUUGAAUCAAAAAAUCAUCCAAAUAGUAUUGUAGAUUUAAUUAAAGUUUUCCAACAAACUGUUUGGUCAUGUUGUGGUACAAAUAAUGUUUGUAUUUGGUCUUAA